AUGAAGGACGAAGUGGUUCUUCUGGCCACUGUCACCCUCCUGGGAGUCCUGCUGCAAGCCUACUUCUCGCUGCAGGUGAUCUCGGCGCGCAGGGCCUUCCGCGUGUCUCCGCCGCUCACCACCGGCCCGCCGGAGUUCCAGCGCAUCUACCGAGCCCAAGUGAACUGCAGCGAGUAUUUCCCGCUGUUCCUCGCCACGCUCUGGAUCGCCGGCAUCUUCUUUCACGAAGGUGCGGCGGCACUGUGUGGCCUGGUAUACCUGUUCGCGCGCCUCCGCUACUUUCAGGGCUACGCGAGAUCUGCGCAGCAAAGGCUGGCCCCGCUGUACGCGAGCGCGCGCGCGCUCUGGCUUCUCGUGGUGCUGGCGGCGCUUGGCAUACUCGCCCACUUCCUCCCGGCCGCGCUGCCCGCCGCGCUCCUCGGACAGUUCCAGAAACUGCUGCAGAAGGCCUGAGACGGAGGACGUCGGGUGGGCGGAGAGGGAGUUGAGACGGAGCCUCCUGGAGGACGGGGGAGGGUGCUCGCCCCCAUCCCAGUCUCUCAUUAAAGCGGGAUCUCGAGUGCACUCUGUGGGUCGGAGUGGGUCGCGCACUGC